AUGGACUCGACAUGUCAAAAACAGAUCGCGGCGAGCGCCGUUCAAGGCCUUCAACUCAAUAACGACGUCCUUUUAAACAUCCUCGCAUUUUCCGACCGAGAAACACUCUGCACUCUUGCACAGACGUGCCACAUCAUUCACCAGUACUGCUCAAAGUACAUCCUCCAGGACGGCGUCUUCCUCAAGUCCAAGGAGCAGUUCGUCUCUUUCGCGCAUUUCCUAGUCGGCGGCAGCGACUGGCACCACCGUAUCAGGCUGCUUCACAUAUUGGCGCUAUUCAUAAAUGAACGCUCGAGUGCGCCAGAGGGUCAACUUGGGAAGUUGCUUCAUAAGCUUUUCGUCGCACUGGCUUCCUCAGGGUCUCUCCGCCGCUUGUCGAUCUAUUUUUCGGAGAGAAUUCUGGGCUGGCAUCCCGACCUUCCCGAAGCAAUCGCCGGUCUGCACACAAUUCGAUAUCUCAUGAUUGUCGACGCAGGACCACGGGCCAUCCGGAUGCUGAAGGCAUUGCGUGCCUCUUUGCUCUAUGCUGACAUCACUAUGAAGGACACCGUGCUUCCUCCCGAAGACAAGAAUCCGAUACGCCUUCUGCAAGGCUCCCAAGGCUCCUUGCGAGAACUUGUCGCGAAGUCUUUCGUCGGCGUUCCCGAUACCCCUCAGUAUCCCCAUGUCACCACCUUCCACCUCGGCUGCACCCAAAAGGCCCCGUGGACGCAUCACUACGUUCGGGCAUUCCCGCACCUGCGGCACCUUACGACGCAGAUAUCUUACCACCACCGCUGUAACCUUGGAGAGAUAGAAAAGCGCCGCGCCAGGAAUCAGUCUGAGCAGGAGCACUUCGGCGCGUGGCCCUCGCUCAGGAGCUUCCGCGGGUCUGUCCUCAGUCUGUACCUGCUCGGCAUCCGCUGUCCGAUCCGCGCGGUCAAUAUCGACACCGAAGGCGAAGCACUGCUCUCACCCGCCGUGCUCCGUGCUGUCCUUGACGAUGCCCGGCCCCACCGUCUGCAUCUCUGCAUAGACGGGGGAUACUUGCUGGCCGAUCCCGAUGCAGGCUUCUGGCACACGUUCUCCCACCCAUGUGUCGAAGCGGUGGAACACUUUGCACUGGACGUCAGACUGAGCGUCGUUGAGCGUAGCUCGUUGGACAUCUCAGCCGCAUUGGCUGCGAUCGCCCCACACAUCGUCGCGCCGCUGCGGGACCUCCGCUCAUUCAAGCUCACGAUAGACUGCUCCCAGAUUAGCAGCGGUCGUCGUCCGCUUCGGUCUGCAGAAUACCGCCCGCUUUACCCGGUCGAGGAGGUCCUCGCGGGGUGGGACAUGAACGCAUACGCGAAUCAUAUCCGGCGGGGAACUGAGUCGUCUGGUUCACUCCAGUCAAUCACCGUCUGUCUCAAGGACCAUCGAAGCAGGGGCAACCAUACUGUGACACUCGGUUCGGAGUGCGAGGCUGAGGUUGACUCGAGCGAUGAAGAGGAUGGAGCCCGGGAUGAUUGA